GACUAUGAUUGGGUUGUCACUUCGCCACAAGACGACAGUCCCUUCAUAAGCCUGCGAAAUUUCCCCAACCCUGCGACUCAGGCACCCCUCUCUCUCCCUCUCUCUCAAAUUGAUUUUUGCAACGUCCCCAACAGUUUCUAUAAAAUAUAUACACACAUGUACAUACAUAUCACAAACUAGAGAGAGUAAAAGUGAGGAAGAGUAUUCAACAGUUUCGUGAAUUUAUUUGCUUGACAACAGUAUUGAUUUAAGAGAGAGAGGCUUCUCUGUGAUUGGAUUUGAUAUUCACAACUUCGAAGAAUGGCGGGAAUUGCUAUAAUUUUAGAUCUACUGAGGAAAAAUUCAAGCUUCGGUGCCCAAACCCUACAUUCUUAUGGUCCUUUCUCAGCGUCACUCGCAGCUUCCACUGCAGCCGCUUCCUUCGCGGCCGGUUACCCUUUUGCUUCAAGGGCUUUGUUCGGUAAUGCAGGCAUAUCAGUUGCUAAUGCUGAUGCUGGCGCAGAUAUAACCGACGAUUAUAUAUCUAACAUACGAAGUGUAUCUGGAAAUAUCUUUCAGCAUGAUUCUCUGAAAUAUGGUACCAAAGAGUACUACUUCGAGCUGAAACCUCUAUUCUCGGCUUUUGGUUUGAAGUCCUUCGCAUUAACAUCAUUGAGGUCCUUCCUAUUGUUUUAUCUGCCUCUUUUGGAGCCUCGCACUAACAUGGACGAGGAUGAUGAUGACUUCCUACAGGACACUCCGGAUGAGCACCAUACAGAUUUGGUCGUUCCCUUCAAGAAAUCAGUGAAGCAAAUAUUUCGCGAGACCACUGUUGUAACUACUAGACGGGUUCUGGAAAGACUUGCUGUGCAUUAUUUAUCACAGCGUGUGGCAUGGAAACUUCUUAAAGAUGUUCCAAAAUCAGCCGUGCGUAAGGCUGGAAGAGGCAUGCCAACUUUAGUUUACUUCUACAGUGUUAGCAAAACAACUUUCAGAGGGCAUUUUCUAGGAGUCGCAGCAUCAUGGCUCAUCCAAGUUGGCAUUGAAGUUUACCGGUUCUUUUCUGCUACGUUCAAAUCUAAUGAAGAGCCUGAUAAGGUUGAUAAAGCAGAACUAGUUCAGCUUCUUGGCAAGAAGGUUUAUGGUACCACCGUUCGGUGUAGUGCAUCACUGGUUUUCGCUUCUAUUGGGGCAGGGAUUGGUGCAACCCUCUUUCGCCCAUCAGCUGGUCAAUGGAUUGGCUGUGCUCUAGGGGAUUUAGCAGGCCCCAUUAUUGUGGCCUUUUGUUACGAAAAAGUUCUUCACGCGGACCUUUAGGGCAUCCAGGUUACUGAAGCUGGUGUUGCUGAAGCCACUGCAUUUGUCAUUCGUCGAAAUUUUUCCUCCCCUCUGCUUACAAGUGAAUCUGCGAACAAUACAGAUAAUGUUGAAAUGAGGUUUUUUUUUUUUUUUCCUAGUUUAUUAAAAUGAGUUGUUAAGGUUACAUUGGGUUGGUAAACAAUGCGUUGUGCUUAUUUAUUUACUUUAUGGCAAAUAAUGUGUUGUGUUUAUAUAA